UGGGAUAUUUCACUUCAAUGAAGGAAGCACGAAAGUGCACUAAAUGUUUCAAGUUUGCAUUUAGUUAUUAAACCCUUGUGUUAUUUGGGUUCUAAUGGCUGGUGGUUUUACUUUAAAACUUCACAUGCACUAGUAAGUAACACCCUGCACGCGCACUGCAGUUUGAGCGUGAAGUGAGGCGCUGAGGAUGCUGCAGUAGGCUACUGAUGGAACGUUUAAAAGGCAACAUUCUGCGUUUAUUUUCAAUCGAAUAACAGAUAACAGUUUGUUGACGAGGAACGAGCUACAUGAACGUGAAAUCCUGCAUCGCAUCGCCAUGAACUGCAGAUUUUUCCCUUGUUCAAUGAUGCAGCUAGAUUUCCUCUGCUCAGCUGCUUAUGGAGAAGAGUAAACCACCAGUGCUGGAUUGAUAUGGAUUUGAUGUGUUUAUUCAAAGCGUGUUUCUUUCAGUCGGUCUGAUCGUGUAAUAUUAAUAUGGAGGGCGAGAUUCCAGUCAUAUUAGAGCAGUUCAUGAGCAGCCCUCUUGUCACUUGGGUAAAGACAUUCGGUCAACUAGGUGACAAAGAGGGAAGCAUGCUCUCUGAAUACACUGAAUUAGUGGAUGGCAUAUUCUUGAACAAGGUCAUGAAUCAAAUAAAUCCCAAAGGGACUGUUCAAGGUUUAAACAAAGUGAACAAUGACGUUGGCCAGAGAGCUCAAAACCUGUCUGUUCUCAUUUACCACAUCAAAUCAUACUACCAGGAGACCCUGCAUCAGCUGAUUAUGACGCCUCCUCCCAAUGUCCUGCUGCUGGGCAGGAACCUGCUCUGUGAGGAAGGUCUAGAAGAGAUCAGGAAGUUGCUGCUACUGUUACUUGGCUGUUCAGUGCAGUGUGAAAGAAAAGAAGAGUAUAUCGAGAAGAUACAAAGUCUUGAUUUUGACACAAAAGCAGCAAUCGCAGCUCAUAUCCAAGAGGUGACUCAUUGUCAGGAGAACGUGUUUGAUCUGCAUUGGUUGGAGAUGGAGGGUCUGUGUCCAGAGGAAUGGGAAAAUCUCUGCAGAAGUAUGAGCAUUAACCUCAAAAUGUUAGUGGACCAGCGAGACCGCCAAUUUGAGGCCACUGUGGAGCUGAUGCAGGGGAACGAGAUGAGAACGUCUGUAGUGUUUGGUGAUGACUCCUCCCUCACAGAGUCCGCCAGCAGCCGGCUCCCUUUAUCCCAGCAGCAUCUGGCAUUAGAGCUGACGGAUGCGAAAGCCAAGCUCAAACGCCUCAGACAGGAGCUAGAGGAGAAAAGUGAACAGCUCUUAGACUGCAGGCAGGACCUGGACAAUGUGGAGGCGGAGCUUAAAAGACUUCAGCAAGAGAACAUGCAGCUGUUGACAGAUGCACGAGCAGCCAGGAUGUACCGUGAUGAGCUGGAUGCAAUGAAAGAAAGAGCCAUCAGAGCAGACAAACUGGAGAGUGAAGUGGCUCGCUUUCGAGAUAAACUUCACAACAUGAACUUUUACAAAGUCAAACUGGAGGAGCUGAAGGAGGAUAAUCAGGUGUUGAUGGAAAGUAAGGCCAUGCUGGAGGAAGAGCUUCAGAGCGUCAAAGCACGAUCUGACAAACUGCACCACCUGGAGAAACACAACAUCCUACUAGAAUCAAAACUUCAUGACAUGGAUGAGGAAAGAACUGUGGACAGGAGACAAAUAGAGGAGCUGCUGGAAAGGAACGUCAUCCUGGAGCUCUCUCAGAAAAGGAGUAUGGAAGAAUCACAACGUUUGGGCUGGGAGCUAGAACUUGCAAAGAACCCUCAACAGAAUUCAGAGCUGAAGUCUUUGGGCCAAGAGGUAACUGAAAAGACGUGUAGCAGGUUGCUAAAACUGGAGAAGGAGAACCAGAGGUUGUUGAAGACCCUGGAAAAACUUAAAGGAACCAGUCAUCCAUUGCAUGAGUUUACCUCUGAAUCAAAACAUUUUGGGGAUAAAUCUACUCCAGCAUAUGCCAACAUGCACAAUGACCAAAUAAUCAUUAAGACCAGCAAUCAGUCCCUUGACACAGAACACCUGCAUGCAUCUUUGGAAAGUAUUAACGGCAAUCUUCAUUGCCUUGAUGUAGAGCUCCAUGAAUUGGACACUGGGAACCAGAGGCCUCAAGUUAGUUUCAACCAAAACCAAGGACAAGUAGACAUAGAAAACCAAGGUCUAGUGCAUGAGAACGGACAUUUGGAGCAAGAUAGGAGUUGUCUGGAGAAGGAGAACCGGAGAUUGCGGCAGCAAGUGAAGAUCCAGGAGGCCUCAUUGGAUAGCAGCAACCUGAAGUUGGUGGUUCUUGAGAAGGAGAACCGUACCCUGGUUAAAAAGACUAACUAUUUUAGUGAAUCCUGUUCUAAGAACAAAGAGCUUGAGAAGGAGAACCAGGAGCUGAUUCAUCAGGCUGAAGUGGACAAGAGGAUGUUGAUGACAUUAAGAGAGGAGCUGCUGGACCAGAGGUUGAAAUUGCAACAGAAAGAAUCUGAUCUUGAGAAAUUAACUUAUGAACUAGAGAGGAUGAGGUUAAACCAGGAGACACGGAUGGGAGAUCCUGAGGCUGGAGACCAGAGUCAGUGUAAGCAGUUGGAGUCAGAGCUAGAGUCUUCUCUAAUGAAAUCCCUGAAGAUUAAAAAAGAGAGAAUGGCUGCCCUAGAGGCCCGUCUGCAAGAAUCAGCCAAGAUAAACCAGCAGUUGCGACAGGAUCUUAAAACUGUCAAACAGAACUAUGAGGCAUUGCUUCAGAGGGAUGAGGAAGAAAAGGCAGAGGCAGGACAGUGCUCUCCACCAGAGAGGACAUGGCACCGAGAGAGUCAGGAGGCCACGUGGGCAUUGCUUAAGCUCAAGGACCGACUCAUUGAGGUGGAGAGAAAUAAUGCAACUUUGCAGGCUGAGAAACAGUCAUUGCAAACACAACUGCAGAAAUUGCAGGUGCAGUCAGAUGGGUUGCAAGCACAAAUAAUUGCGUUACAGCAGCAGACGGCUUCGUUGCAGGAAAGCAACACAGCACUGCAGACACACAAUGCACAACUGCAGGUAGAGAAGUCCACUGUUACUUCCCAGAAUUACUCUCUGAUGGCUCAUAAUGCACAGCUACAGCGGGGACGGCAGAGUUCGGAGGCUGAGAGGGAGGCCACGAUACGGGAAAGAGAAGAUCUGCGCACCGUUAAUGAGCUUCUUCUCCGGGACCAUGAGAGACUGAGCGUCCUGCAUGAGAGACAGGCAGCAGAGUUGGAGGUGCUCUCUCACAGGUACUCCACGAUGGAGAACAGUCACCGAACCCUGGAGAUAGAGCACAGAUCACUGGAGGACAGGUAUAACACGCUACUUCAGCAGCACGCUCAACUGGAGGGCUUCGAGAGAGCUCUCAGAGAAGAACAGCAGAAGAUGCAGAAUGAGAUAUGCACAAGCAGGAGCACAACAGCAGAGUGCCAAAGACUCAGAGAUGAGAAAGACUGGCUGAAUCAAACCUACCAGAAGCUGCUGGCAGAGAAUGAGGAUCUUCAAGUUGAGCAAAAGAGCAUAAAGAGCCAGUUGAACUCCUGCAAACUGGAGCAGACACAGCUGGAGUCAGAGCUGUCCAAACUCAAGGAGCAGAACCAGCAGCUGGAAAUCACCAGCAUUAAACUGGCCAACCAGUGUGAGUUGCUGACCCAGCUGAAGGCGAAUUUGGAGGAAGAGAACCGUCACUUGCUGGACCAGAUCCAGAACCUGAUGCUGCAGAACCGAACCCUGCUAGAUCAGACCAUAGAAAGCAAGGACUUGUUCCAUGUGGAGCAGAGACAAUAUAUAGACAAACUGAAUGAACUCAGAAGGCAGAAGGAAAAGCUGGAAGAGAAAAUCAUGGAUCAGUACAAGUUCUAUGACCCAUCACCACCACGCAGACGGGGCAACUGGAUAACGCUGAAGAUGAGGAAGUUGAUAAAGACGAGGACUCGAGAUCAGGAGCAUGUUCGUUCCUCAUCUCCCCAUCUCCGCUCCGAGUCAUGCGAGGGUCUGGAUGACCUGCGCUGCAAUGACAACGGCUCCUCAGUGGGUUCCCAGGGCUCUGAGGAAUCUGCUUCCAACUCCCUUAAUGGUGACACCGUGUCCCCUAAGAGGAGCAGCAUCAGCACCCUGAAAAUGUUUCAUGUUAAGCAUAACAAACCAAAGGAUAAAGACAAAGUCAAGUCUCUCUUCCGCCGAUCUCUGUCCAUGAAUGACCUGCUGCAGUCAGAGGGAUGUUUGGAUGAGGACUCUGGGAAGCUGGAAGAUCAGCCAGAAGAGCAAAUAAUGCAGCACACCACUGCCAUUUCAAAAAAACACUCCACAUCAUCAUCAUUAUUUCAUCACUACUCUUCCAUAGACAAUCAUUCAAUAAUCUGUAAUCAAGGUAAAGAUUUCCAAGGAGACACAAUUCCACCAAGGCUUGCAAAUGGCACUGAAGGCCAAGAUAACGGCCUGAAUGGCAAAUCGAGUCGUGCCCCAAGCGCGAGCAGUGGCGAGUUCAACUUAAGCCUGGAGAACGAGGCCUGGUCCAGUGAUAGCAGCCCCCUUCCAGAUCCUAUCUCGUCCAGCCAUCAACGAUUCAAUGACUCCCCUUCCCCAGCCCGACCCAGCCACACGGAUCUCAGACAGGGCUACAGCUCCUCAGGGAGUGGAGUACGCAGAACCAGCAGUGGCAGAUACACUGGAGAAUGUUCAUCCCAAAAGCUGGACAAAGCAAGCAUUGGACUGUAUAAAACUCAUAGUGUGCAAAGUACAGAGUCUAAACCUACUCUUGAGAUGCAGGGGAAGGCCUCCUCCAUAUCGGGCUGUUUGAACUGCUUUGCCACGCCGAUGCGAAGCCCUAAAACAGGCCAGGCUCCGUCAACUCUGCCCCGGGCCAGCUGUGUCAUCUCAACAUCAGAGGGCAACAGUCGACGUGCCAGUGUCCACAGCACUAUGUCAGAGAAGUCAGUGGGAGCUCUCUCAAGUCAGAACUGUGCUGAACCUCAGCCUGACCCCAGUGAUGAGGUUUUAAAAGAAAGCCCUGACGUGGAAGAGGAAGACCACAAACCAGAACAUCUUUUUGAUUCACCAUUCACCAUUGAUUCGGUCUUCACAAACACAAUUUUCAGUGAGCGAAGUUGAAAUGCUACCAGUUAGAAAAAGUUCUAUACAUAGAUGUAAACCCCUUUACUGAAAUCAUACCAAAAUCAUAUAAAUACAAACAUCUUAUUCUAACCAUGUAAAGGCAACUAUGCCUUAUGAUUAUGGCAUCUCUGAGGUGAAUUCAGGCAUAAUCAGUCAGGAAGCCAAAAAAACAAUCCUCGUCCUUGCACAACCCUUAACUAUGGUCUUUAAUCUUUGUUGGGUGACACAUGUAGAUUUUUCCUACAUCAAUCCAUAUUUUGUUUCUUAAUCUUUUUUGUUUGCAUUUUAACUAUGUGGUAACUGAUCCCAUGUGUUUUUGUUUUGUUUGUUUUUUGAUUACAUGCAUGAAGGUUAAAUCUGAAAAAAAGAAAAUGAAAUACAAGUGUCCCUCUGAGCAUGUAGCAUCAAAACUUCUGUGGUUCAUGUGUCCCAACUACUGUAUAUUACAGUCAUUUUCCUUUUUGCAGUAUUGAAGAGCAGUAUUUUUAACUGAAAAUGCACCUUGUGUUUGUUAAAAACCAGUAAAUAUCCAUCUUGCUUAAGUUUCAUCAUGUUUUCCUUCUAACGUAAUAAAACCUCAUAGUUUGUUUGUUGUGCUGGUUUGUGCCCAUGUUCCUAUUUGUAAGCAGGUUUGAAAUAUAAAUAAAAA